AUGUCGUUGAUGGUUCGCUACGUCGAUCAGAAUUCUUUGUUGGCUAAAACCAAGUUGGUACAGCUAAUUCACGUCGAUGCGACUGACUGCUCGGCUAAACGACUUGUCGAGGAAUUUGAAAAAGCCUUGGAAAAAAAGGCGAUUUCCCUCGAACAACUUAUUGGACUUGCGUGUGACAAUGCAUCGGUCAUGGUUGGAAAAUAUAAUUCAUUUAAAACACAUUUGAUCAAACGUCUUUCUCAUCUUAUGACGUUACCAUGCAUUUGUCACUCUUUAGCGCUGAUCGCUAAAGAAGCAUGCUCUGCGAUUCCAGAAGAAAUCCAGAGCUUCAUCUCUAAAAUACCUACUUUCAUCAAUAGUAGCCCGAAACGGUUGGCAAAUUUCAAUAUUUUUCAGCGUCCUUUUGAAGAUCAUCCUUCUAAGCUUUUACGAUUUGCCUCAACAAGAUGGCUCUCUCGUCAAAUCGCUAUUACGAGAAUAUUAGACAAUUGGGAAAACUUACGUAUAUUUUCGACUGAUCAAGUCGUAGAAAAAGUUGCAAGUGCAGUUGAUUUGCUUGCAAUCAUGAAUAAUCCCAUGACAAAAGUAUACCUGCUUUUCUUGAAAUUUGCAAUUGACCCUUUAGAAAAGACUAAUGCUCAUUUUCAAGGAAGUGCAACUUUAGUUCAUCAAUUACAACCUUCUUCGAAGAAGUUGCUCAUUGAUGUUCUUCAAAAGUUCAUGAAACCAGCUUUGUUAAAGCCUGAAAUCAUUGACAAUGAGGCUCGUAACAUUGACUUUGGAUCCAUCACGAAUCAACGUGAUGCACUUAAAGUAGAUGUUGGAGACGAUUGUAAGGAUUACUUACAGGCUGAACUAAGCUCUGAGGUUUCUGAAUCGAUCAUUGACUAG